AUGGCAAGCAUAGUAAGAAUGGGUGAGGUUGGUAAGGAUUGUAAACAUGGUAAGGAUGGUAAGGAUGGUGAGGAUGGUGAAGAUGGUGAAGAUGGUGAGGAUGGUGAGGAUAAUGAGGAUGGUGAGGAUAGCAAAGAUAGUAAAGAUGGUAAGGGUGGGAAUUAUGGUGAGGUUGGUAAGGAUGGUAAAGAUAAUGAGGACGGUAAGUGUGGUAGGACUAGUCAGGAUAGAUCAUAA